AGGAGAGACAAGAAUUGAGAUCACAUACUUGAAUAAUAUCCUAUAACCGUUAGUCUUCUUAACACUUUGUUGGAAAAAUGUCAUAUCAAUUUUUUUUUAGUAAUUAGUAUAAUAUAAUCAUUGUGAUAUAAGUGAUUAGUCAGAUGUUACAGAUUUAAUUACUAAAAUUACGCGCUACGUAUAGAUUUUGAAGGAAAGACGGUCGAGCAGAUAUCACAAAAAAAUUAAUUGCAAUGGCGGAUGAGAUGAUGAUAGAAAUUUUGGACGAAACUGAUAAUUCGUUUGACGGUUUUAUAAUCUUGAAGGCAGACCUUCAAGAAGAAGCAGAAAGAUUAUUUCAGGAAGAGGAAAGAUUUUCUUCAUUACGUGAAGAAAAUUUUAAAGCAAAAUGUAACUACAAAUUUCCUUGGGAAAAUACAAUUACAAUCGAUUUAUUGAAAUACAUGGUUUUUGACCUAGACCUAGUAAACGAGGGAGGCGAUAUGUAUCACAUGAAAUAUAUUCUGAAUUUUUUAUCAAAGCAGAGCGUAUUUGAAGAUGUGAAAUGGUUUCUUAUAGAACAUAAUUUCUUCCACAUAGCAAAGUAUUUAUUGGCAAAUCAACCACGUUUUGCGACAAUUUAUCCUGUUUUAUGUAUUACUAUUAAUUUAUGCUAUAUUAACGAAGCGAUAGAUGACAUAGGCAAAUUCAAAAGUAUUGUUAGAUCAAUUCUACUCCAUUUGCAAAAUUGGGAAAAUGAAAAAAUACUGAUAAAAAUUAUAAAAUUGUUACAAUUAGCGACAUGUGAAAUUCAGAUAAAUUCUGAGUCAGAAUGGAUAGUACGUUUUAAGGAAUGUAAAUUUUUCGGAAGGAGAAUAAUCUUCCUACUAAAAUCUUCACAAUGUGAUCUUGGUUGGGAAAUUGUGAAAUUAAUUAAAUAUAUAUCUGAAAUCAAUUUGCCAGACCAAGUCCAUUUCUUGGAACAGCUAUUUAAUAUUGAUACUUUGAUUCCUGCUAUGCAAUUUUAUUACGCACACACCAUCAAGGAGAUAAGGUUUUCAGAAGACGUAAAUUUUAUCGAAACUUUUUUACACUUUCUAAUCGUGCGACAAGUCGAAGUCGGAACUGACAAAUGUAUAACUGAUCGUUUUAACGAGAUUACAUGGGACGUUGGGGAUAAGAAAUUACCUUUAUAUUAUUAUACCUUGCCUUUAACAAACAUUGAUGAAUGUAUUGCAGUAUUAUACCAUAUUGUGAAAUUGUUACUAAGUUUUCCAUAUAUCCCAAAAAUAUAUGGAGGAACUACGGAUUACUUAAAUGGUAUCCUGUUAAUGAUUUUAGUCAUUUUAGAGCGAUCAAGAAAACUACAAUUAUCAAGAAGAACAUAUUUAUUAAUACAAACGCUAAAGAAGCACUUACGUCUAUAUUGGUUCCGUAUUUUUACACAAUGUACUCGUAAACAUAUCGCUACUAUAUUCAAGAGUUUAAUACCAAAUGAUAUAAUGGCAGAGAACGUGUUUUUUGAAUAUUUGGUUAAUUGGGUAAAAUUAGAUUGCAAUAUGAUACCUGAGUUGCGUGAAAAAAUGCGAAAUGUUCUAAUUGCAUGUCGUGAAAUUCAUAAUUAAUUAGUGCUUUACCCAUGUAAUACAAAAAUAUA